AUGACCAACUACAACUAUGGUCCAGCAGGAAAAGCCAUCGGAACGAAUCUGCUAAACAGCCCUGAAACUGUUGCAAACGAUCCAGUAGUUUCUUUCAAGACAGCGUUCUGGUUUUGGAUGACACCCCAAUCGCCAAAACCUUCAUGCCAUGACGUCAUCACCGGAACAUGGAGGCCAUCGGCAGCAGAUACAGCAGCCGGUCGUGUACCUGGCUAUGGUGUGAUCACCAAUAUCAUCAACGGUGGAAUUGAAUGUGGUAAAGGUUCUAACCCACAGGUGGAGGAUCGGAUCGGUUUCUACAAGAGAUACUGUGACAUACUAGGAGUUGUUGGGUUUCCCUCCUUUGUGGGACUCAUCAAUUUGCUAAUUUUUUGGUGGCUUACCCGUGUAUGA